AUGUGCAUCGCAUUGAUCUCAACGGCGCAUCCUGCAUACUCAUUGAUCGUGAUCAACAACAGAGAUGAAUUUCUGCAUCGCCCUACGUCAUCUCCAGACUGGUGGCCGGAGCCCUCCUCGCACGUCCUCGGCUCACGCGACCUAGCCAGAUCUACACAUGGAACCUGGAUGGGGGUCACAAAACAUGGCAAAAUCGCUGUACUCACCAACUACCGCGAAGACAAAGCCAGCGAAGCCAUCGGUGUCUACAGUCGUGGUUUGAUUGUCAACAGCUGGUUGACCGGACCGAUAGACAAGCAAGCUACUCGGGAAUUCGUCCAAGCCAUAGUUGCCAGCCCUGAAGCCAAGCAAGUGGGUGGAUUCAGCCUGGUCUGUGGACAUAUUAAUGAACCGCUGGCCAUCGUGUCCAACCGCUCAUCCGACAUGGAUCAUAUCACAUGGGUUGCCACAGAGGAAAACCAAACUCGUGGGCUCAGCAAUACCAGCUUUGAUGAUAGAUCCUGGCCCAAGAUUCUUGAUGGAGAGAGACUGAUGGAAGCUGCAAUCCAGGAUCAUGUCUCAACCCAAACGGAGGAUGAGGAUGCCUUGAUUGAGCAGUUACUACACGUUCUCAGCACUGAUACGUUACCACGGCUUUCACAGGGCGAAACGCUCGAUACAUAUAUCAAUCAUCUGCGCAAAAGCAUUUUCAUUCCCAUCAUCGGAGAUACAAACGACCAUGAAAAAGCUGCAGGCACUCCAGCAAACGGAACCCUGGACCAAAGCUUCAUGUCUGGAGCUUAUGGAACCCAGAAACAGACUGUCCUUUUGGCACGACCGGACGGGCGAGUGAGAUACUUUGAAAGGACGUUGUAUGAUAACGAUGCUAAGGCUAUACCGUUGGGAGAAGGCGAUCAUUCCUUUGAGUUUACCAUUCAGUAG